CUCAGGCUAAAACCUCUGUGAUUUGUGAAGGAAAAUUCUACACACUUCUCGUCCCUUUGGUUCGCUUUUGAACUUCUCUAAAGAAAAACUUCACCUCUGCUCUCUCUCAACUCCUUUCCCACCCCUCUACCCACGCUUUAGAGUUUAGAUCGGUCGCAAUGGAAGAUCUGAAGGUGGCGUUAAAUAAUCACGUGGAUCUCGUCUCCGAGCUCUUCGAGAAGCUCUCUGGCGAACUCCGCUCCGGAUUCCGCCCUGCGGUCGACAAUUUCGUCGGCUUCUUCCACGCCAUCGAUUGGAAGGAACCUUGGUUGAUAUGCUUAUUAUUGUUCCACCUUUCUUUGCUGCUGACAACUAUCAUCUCGAGGAAGAAUGUCAACUUCCAACUCUGCCUAUCCAUUCUAGCAUUUACUGGUGUAUAUCUUGCUGAGAGGAUAAAUAAUUUUAUGGGAAAACACUGGAAGAGCUUUGCAAGCCAGAAUUACUUUGAUCCUCAUGGUCUUUUUAUUUCAGUCCUCUGGUCUGGUCCACUUCUUUUUGUAACUAUCGUAAUUGUGGUGAAUACUCUCUUCACAUUGUGCCACCUUAUUGUGAAAUGGAAAAAGGCAGAACUCAGACAUCGGGCUAGGCUUGCUCGUGACAAGCAGGAAUGAUCAGCCUCUCUGCUUUUUACUGUGGUCAUGCCUUUUUUCGAGAUGAAAAUAGGCACACUUGUACCAUUUAACACCUGAUUUUAUUUAGAUUCAGUGCUCAGCAAUUUGAAUCUUUUGGAUCAUUUGUCAUAGGGAGUUUUAGGGAGGGCAGAUUUGAAAUCUACUAGAGGCCCAUGGGUGUUCCAGGAAUCUGUGACCAGGGUUUACAGCCAGAGACAAAAUGAACAAGUUUGUUCAAUAUGAUGUUGGGACCAAGACAUCUUGCCUGAUCAUCUUAUUCGCUUGUAAAACUGUAUGUUUGAUGUGCUCAGAGUGACGACUUUAAACUGUAACCUCACAGAAUAUACCUUUGAAUGAUUAGGGAAUUUUGGUUUGUUCUUGUUA